AUGCAAUUGUGCUCUGAAUACCGUCCGGGUUGUAAUCGUCCGUGUGACGCGGAUCAUACAGCAACAAUAGCUAACACGGGUUGUAAAGACAACAAACGUUGUUGCCAAUCUGGUUAUCAAUUUCGCGGUGAUAGAGAAGCAAAUUAUUCAGAUUCAGAAUUAAACACAUUACGUACUAUAUAUCGUGGUGCUAUAGCUAAAUUUUGGACAGUUGUUCUGGGUGCAAAAAUGUGUUAUCAUUAG